AUGUCGCCUUCCCUCCCCGAAACCUACAAAGCCAUAGUGUUGAAGGCUGCCAAGUCUGGUUUCGACCUUGAGGAUGUUAAGCUUCGACGCCCAUCUAAAAGCCAAGUCCUCGUCAAAGUCAUUGCCUGCGGCGUCUGCUUCGGUGACGCUGCUGUCCAAGGAGGUGCCUUUGGCGAUGUCUUCCCACUGACUCCUGGUCAUGAGGUUGUCGGUGACAUUGUCGCACUUGGCGAAGCUGUCUCUCGAUUCGAGAUUGGUCAGCGAGUCGGAGGUCCGUGGCACGGUGGACAUGAUGGAUCUUGUCGUCAGUGCGAAAGAGGCCUCUUUCAGAUGUGCGACAAUGCUGCCAUUAAUGGCAUCACCAGGUCUGGCGGGUUUGCCGAGUACGUGCUCUUGCGAGAAGAGGCAGUCGUGCGAGUGCCCCGUGAAGCCGACCCGGCUCAUGUCGCGCCUCUUCUAUGUGCAGGUGUCACUGUUUUCAAUGGCAUCAAAAGGCUGCAUGUUGAACAGGGAUCUCUGGUCGCCGUACAAGGUCUCGGAGGUCUAGGUCAUCUUGCCGUGCAGUAUGCUAGCAAGAUGGGCUAUGAAGUUGUCGCACUGUCUUCCACCGAUGACAAGGCCAACUUUGCACGAGACUUGGGGGCUGCGCACUUUAUCAAUACGAAGACGCAAGAUGUUGGAGCCGAGCUGAAGAAGCUCGGCGGCGCAGCAGUUGUUGUGCAAACGGCUCCAAACCCAGCUUCCAUCAACCCCUUGGUGGCGGGUCUGGCCGCUGAAGGCAAGAUCCUAAGCCUGGCUCCGGCGGGAAUUGCCGAGAUUGACACAACUGCCUUGACGAGCAAAGGGGCUAGUCUUGUGGGUUGGCCCAGUGGGCAUGCACUUGACUCGGAGGAUGCGAUUCGGUUUGCUCUUCGGCACGACGUGCGGUGUCUGAUCAAUAAGUAUCCUCUGUCUGAAGCUCAGAGGGCUGUCGACGACUUGAAGGUCGGGAAGGCCAGGUUCAGGAACGUCCUCAUUAUUUAG